UAUGCUGGUAAAUUCAUUGUGGGUUAUAUCCCAGUAUUUGGAGAGAAAGAGUAUUACCUUGGCUGUGCUUGUGAAGAGCUUUAUGCUCCUCCAAGUGCUUCUUUUUCUUUGCAUGGUUUGACUGUCCAAGCAUCUUUCCUUGGAGGUGUUUUUGAGAAAUUUGGAAUUGAACCGCAAGUGCAAAGGAUUGGUAAAUAUAAGAUGGCUGGAGAUUGUCUUACGCGCAAAAGUAUGUCUGAAGAAAAUUGUGAGAUACUGACUGCAUUGCUUGAUAACAUCUACGAAAAUUGGCUGGAUAAAGUUUCUCUUAGCACAGGAAAGAAAAGAGAAGAAAUUGAAAGCUUCAUCAAUGAAGGAGUUUACCAAGUUGAAAGGCUGAAAGAAGGUGGCUGGAUAACAGAUGUAAAGUAUGAUGAUGAGGUUAUAUCGAUACUGAGAAAGAGACUGGGAAUUCAGAAGGAUAAAUAUCUUCAAUUAGUUCAUUACAGGAAAUAUACUAGGGUCAGGAAGUGGACUCUUGGUUUAUCUGAUGGUAAAGACAAAAUAGUAAUAAUCAGAGCCUCUGGGAGAAUUAGUCGUGUCCGUACUGCAUUAAGGACACCUAGUUCGGGUAUUAUUAGCAAGCAAUUCAUUCACAAGAUUUGCAGUGUAAGAACCUCAAAAAUAUACGAGGCUGUUAUCAUCCGAAUUGAUAGUCCUGGAGGUGAUGCGCUUGCUUCUGAUUUAAUGUGGAGAGAAAUCAGACUUCUGGCUGCCUCAAAACCUGUCAUUGUAUCAAUGUCUGAUAUGGCGGCAAGUGGAGGAUACUAUAUGGCGAUGGCAGCAUCUACUAUAGUUGCGGAGAAUCUCACCUUAACAGGUUCAAUAGGCGUUGUUUCAGGGAAGUUUAAUUUGCAGAAACUAUAUAAAACAUUUGGCUUCAAUAAGGAGUUCAUAUCAAGAGGAAAAUAUUCUGAACUCUACCAAGCUAAUCAGCGUCCGUUCAGAACGGAUGAAUCAGAACUCUUUGCCAAGCGUGCACAGAAAGUCUAUGAUCAAUUUCGAGACAAGGCAGCAUUUUCAAGAUCAAUGACCACAGAAGAGAUGGAGGAGAUUGCACAAGGGAGAGCUUGGACUGGCAAAGAUGCAGUUUCACGAGGUUUAGUUGAUGCUAUUGGUGGGUUCUCUAGGGCUGUCGCCAUAGCCAAACAGAAGGCCAAUAUACCACAGGAAAAACAGGUAACCCUUGUUGAGCUGUCAAGAAGACUCACCCCUUCUCUCCUAGAAGUUUUUAGUCGCAUUAGGAAUUCGGAAGGAGUGGACAGUACAUUGAGUGAAGUGCUACAAGACUUGACGCUUUCAGAUGAAGUUCAGGCCGAAAUGGACGGGAUCCUGCCUGAGAAGCUGGACGAAUCUGCGUACGCUAACCCGGUGUCAACUUUGAUAAAGGACCAUCUACAUUCUCUCUGACCACGGAUGAUUAUCCGUCUUUAUGUUGUAAGUUUCUUUCACGAUAGUAGGAUCAUGAGAUGGAUACUUUAAUGUCAGUUGGACAAGACAAUUGCCUGAUACAAUAGAAAAUGGAAUAUUACUCAAAGAAAGAAGGUUAUGGUAGUUACGCAUUAUACAUAGUUACAUAUUCUGAUAGAGUUGCACAGGUUAUUGUUGGACUAUGGUAGUUACAUACUUUGCUUGGGCAUUGUAUAAUGCAUUCUGAUCAAAGGAAAAUCAAUUCUAUCUAUUUUUAUUUUUAUUUUAUUUUUUUAUUACGAAUGCUACUUGUCUUGUGACCACCGCCGCCUUUCAUCCAACAUCAUUUUAUAUAUGUAUAUAUAUAUAUUGACCUGCCAAGGAGAGUUGGUAGUUAGUGGGG